GCUUGCAUAUAUUCCUCGUCUCUGUUUUUUCUCCCCAACCCCAGAGCACCAGACAGACACAAUCAGUUCCUCUCUCUCUCUCUCUCUCUCUCUCUCCCUCCCAAAACUCAGACACACACAAAAUCGCCAUCGUCUCUGAUCCUCUCUUUCCCCUGCAAUUCCUAGGAGGCUAGGGUUUCCAUGUGCUCGGAUUUCUCCCCCUGGUAAUGCUUCAACGUCCCUCUCUCUUGCUACCGCGGAACUGCCAAUGUACGGACACUCCCACCCCCACGCCCAGUCCAUGACCAUGCCCAACCAGAUCGACGACGAUGACGACGUUUCCGCCGGCGUCGGCGGUGGCGCGGAGUCCAUCGAUAACCCCCACAUCCGCUACGACGCCUCGCACACCCUCGACGACGCCAACGGCGGAGUCGCCGGCGGAGGCGUCGUCGAUGACGUCGGCCACGAUCCCGUCUACGCCGGCGCCGGCCACGAGUUGGUCGUUCACCGCAGCGACGGCAGCAGCCAACUCACGCUCUCGUUCCGCGGCCAAGUUUACGUCUUCGACGCCGUUACCCCUGACAAGGUUCAAGCAGUGUUAUUACUCUUGGGGGGAUGCGAGAUUUCUCCAGGCGCACAAGGUGUGGGGAUUCCAAACCAGAAUCACAGGGGUGUGGUGGACAUUCCGGUGCGAUGUAGUCAGCCUCAAAGAGCCGCCUCAUUAAAUAGGUUCCGGCAGAAGAGAAAAGAGCGAUGCUUCGAUAAGAAAGUGAGAUAUAGCGUCCGUCAAGAAGUUGCACUCAGGAUGCAGCGUAACAAGGGACAGUUUACUUCAAAAAAGUCAGAGGGAGCCUAUGGCUGGGGUAAUUCUCAGGAUUCAGGGCAAGAUGAUAACCCACCGGAAACUUUAUGUACGCACUGCGGCAUAAGUUCGAAAUCCACUCCAAUGAUGCGGCGUGGACCCUCUGGACCAAGGUCUCUAUGCAAUGCCUGUGGGCUUUUUUGGGCAAACAGGGGGACUCUGAGAGAUCUUUCCAAGAAGACCCAGGAUCAACCUCCAACUCCGGCUGAGCAGGGUGAAGGAGACGCUAGUGAUUCCAACUGCGAAACUACCAUCCGAACACACAAUAAUCUUGUCCCGUUUUCUAAUGGUGAUAGCUCAGCUUUAAUGGCUGAGCAAUAAGUUGUCUUGCAGAACAAGCCAAAGUUGUCUGUGGCUUAUUGAAGUAGGUUUCUUCUGGUCAAUUUAACUUGGCUUGCCUCAUCUGAUCUGCAUAUUUGAUAGUGACUUCCUCAAUAUAAGAGGUCUCUCUCUCUCUCUCUCUCUCUCUCUCAUUUGUAAUCUUUGGCUCUAUCCUGGUCAAGAAUCCUAUUUUAAAUGUAUUAGAAUAACUCAAGGAUAUAGCUGGGCUAGUUAUAUAGAGUGUAUGCCCUCCUAUAGCCCUUACAAUCACAUUGAGUAGAAUUUUUGUUUCCCUAUUAAUUGAUAAAAAAAAAAAAA